UUUAUCUUCAACACAUCACAUCACACCACAAAAGAACAAAAGUUACAUCAAAUCAUAAGCCAACUAAAAGGAAGAAGGAUGUCGCCCAUCCGUCUCCUUUCCCUCUCAAUUUUAUCACUCUCGACCUGCUUUCUCCCAACUGUCUUGUCUCGUGGCAUACUUGCCAUCGAUUAUGGAGCUCAAUAUAUGCAAAUCUCUCUGGUCCAGCCAGGCUUGUCAUUUGAUGUCUUGUUGAAUCAUGACUCAAAACGUAAAACUCAAUCAGUAGUCUCAAUUCGUGGUGAGGAUAAAUUGAUAGGAGAUGAUGCAGCAGCUCUUGCUGGAAGAUAUCCACAAAAUUCAUAUCCUGGUAUGAAGCUACUUCUCGGUCAACCAGCUGAUUCACCAUUGGUCAAAUUCCAUCAAUCUCUCUACAAUAUUCCUUUGAACGUCACCGAUCGUGGUACACUGAAAUUAAUACCGAACCUACCUGUCAAACCGAAUUCAACUCAUAUAUCAUAUCAACCGGAAGAACUACUAGCAUUACAAUUUACGUAUGCAAGAGAGUUAGCUGACGCAGCUAGUCUAGCCAAUCCGAAUCCGGCAUUAGCAGGCGCAGGAGAAAGGAUAGUCGAUGCGAUCAUCACCGUACCUGGAUUCUUUAAUCAAUUCGAACGAAAAGCAAUCUUAGAUGCAGCAGAAUUGGCUGGAUUAAAAGUUUUAACCUUGAUCGAUGAUGGUUCGAGUGUGGCAGUGAAUUAUGCAAUGAUGAGAAGUUUUGGAAACAAGGCUUCGUCUGAAACUCAUCUCAUCUACGAUGUUGGUGCAGCUUCCAUCAAAGCUUCUGUGGUUGGGUUUUGGAUGGAGGAAGAAAAGAUUCAUGCUACUUCAAAGAUCAAGAAGAAUGUAACAAUGAUUGAAUUGAAAGGAUUUGGUUUUGAGCGUGAAUUUGGUGGAUUUUACUUUGAUCGAAAGAUUCGGGAUCGAUUACAACAAGACUUUGAAACUCAACACAAGGUCAAGGUCGCAGGAAAUGAUCGAGCAAUGAUCAAAUUGCUACGAGAGGCCGGUCGUGUUAAACAUGUCCUUAGUGCGAAUGCUGAAAGUCAAUCCCGAAUUGAAGGCUUGGUUGAUGAUCUCGAUUUUAAAUCCUCGAUCACUCGUCAAGACUUUGAAGCUCUUUUCGCCGAUGACACCUCAAAGUUCACUCAACCGAUUCUUGACGCUCUCAAGAGCGCUGAUCUCACAUUGGCAGACAUCAAAUCCGUGAUCUUGGUGGGAGGUUCUUCAAGGGUACCCAUGAUUCAAACCGCCGUCAAAGCCUUGGUCGGAGAAGACAAAGUAGCAGUCAAUGUCAACGCAGACGAAGCAGCGGUGAUGGGAGCGGCACUCUAUGGAGCAGGCAUUAGUCGACAAUUCAAAACCAAAGACAUUCGAAUCACCACCGUCACCCCUCACUCCAUCUCUGCUUCCUAUAAUGUAUCUUCAAUUGCGACUACUACUCCAGCUGGCCAACCAAAGACCUUGAAGUCGACUUUGUUCAAAGUUGGCUCCAAGUUGGGUGGAAAGAAGAAAGUAAUGAAAAUCAAGGUUCAGGAAGAUCUCUCGAUCAUAUUUGAGUAUGAUAAUCAACCGUCGUACUUUCCUAACUCCAUUCUUAAUGCAACAAUUCAUGGAAUAUCCGCUGCAUUAGCCAACUAUACCAAUACGACUGGGAUCACCGUACCCAUGAAAAACAGCACCGCCUCAAUCACAGUUCGAUUAGAUGAUUUCGGUAUCUUAUCAGUUUCUGAUGCCUCACUCUUAAUUCCAGCUGGUUCCAAUGCAAACUCAGGUAUUGCAGAUAAGAUUGCAGGGUUCUUUGGUGGUUCCACUAAAAAGGAAGAAGGGGAAGAUGAAGAAAUUGUAGAGGAAGGUGACAAGAAGGAACCGGAAACGAAAAAGAGUAAUGUGGAAAAAGCUAAGGAAGCUUUAAAGGCUGAGAACAAGGCAGCGGAUGAGGCUGGAAAGGCUGGUGCGACAAAGGUUGAAGAUGUAGUCGUCAAAUUACAGAUCAUUCGUCAGGAAUUGGGUAUCAGGCCGAUGUCAACUAUGGAUCGCAUCAGUUCCGGAAAACUACUUCGAGAAUUGAAAGCAGCAGAAACACGAAAGAAGACGAAAGAAGAAGCCCGAAAUGUUUUGGAAGCUUAUACUUAUAAACUAAGGGAUCGAAUCACCCAAGAUGUGUUCAAGAGUUAUAGUACGGAAGAAGAAUUGGCAGCAUUAGAGAAAUCAAGGGAAGAAGUUUCAGAUUGGUUGAAUGACUGGGGUGAGAGUGCACCUGUGAAGGAGUUGAAGUCCAAGAAGACGGAUCUAGAAGGAUUGGAAAAGAAGAUCACAGAUCGAAUUAUGGAAACCGAAAAGAGACCUGAAGCUUACAAAGGAUUAGAGACUGCAUUGGACAAUGCCCGAGCAGCCGAAAAGUUGAUCCAAGAAAAAGUUGAAUCGAACGAAAACCCAUUGAAUUAUACAACUGAAGAUGUAGAAGGAUUGAAGAAAUUGAUCGAAGAUCAAAAUAAAUGGUUUGUAGACAUCAAGGCCAAACAGGCUGAACAAGAUCAAAAGAAGGACGUAUUGGUGAAAGCAUCGGAACUUGGGGUUCGGUCAACUGUGAUUACAGCUGAGGUUAAGAAACUACUCGGAAGAAAAGUCAAGAAGACCAAAACACCUGCAUACAGUGCUAAAGCUGAGAAGGCUCAGAAAGCAGAACCAACAGGAGAAGAGCCACCAAAAGAUACAGAAGGUAAGCAACAACAACAGCAGCAGAAGGCUAAGGAAGAGGGAGCAAAGGGACAGACACCACCUGUACCAAAGGACGAGUUAUAGAGAUAGAAUGAAAACGGGGUUCGAUCAAGAAAUCAAUUGAAAACCAUAGACAAAAAAAUUGAAAUGAUAAAAUAAAUCAAAUCUAAAAUAAACCUGAGAAGAGGUGACGAGGUUUUUGUUUCCUUCUAGAAACCAAAUUGAUUAUCAAAGAGGAAGAGGAAUGGAUUUUUUGUCGUUGAUGGAGGAUGGAAUCUUUUAGUUAGUUUUUGUGGAAUUUGUGUAGUGUGAGAGAUUUUGCAUCGUAUGAUUAGUUUUUUUUGAAAAUGUAAGUGAGAUGGAAUUAGUUUUAAGAUCUUGUUUCUUCUAGAUUUAACAAUAAAUGAAAAAAAUGUUGUUUUUGGAGAGGAAAGACAAAAAUCAAAGCGGAAUGAAUUGAGAAAACGAGUUUUCAGGUUG